UUGGUCACCUCCAUCAUGCUCCGCCCCCUGCUCCUCCUGUUUGCUGUGCUAGCAGUGCCAGGUGAUGCUGGAAUUACUUUUAACUCUUCCAGAGGAUUUGACAUCAGCUCCUGUCCUGUUGCAUUUUUUGGACAGACUUAUGACCAAAUCUAUGUGGACAUAGAAGCUGACCACUUUGUGAUUUGUUUUGGMCCUUCUUGCGACAAUGGUACCUCUAUAGACAUGAUAAUAGGACCUGUACCGGACCCAACAGUCUUCCAAGAAAUUGUCACUCAGUCAGUGGUUCUGAAUGUUCUGAUUCGUGGCAAUUUUAAUUUURCAUCCGACUUGAAGUGCUACGUGGUCUUUGCUCUGGGCAACAAUUUUGCCAUUUAUCUGGUGAGCUUUGGAACACAAGCAUCUGUGGUUUUAAACUCCAACGGUGGAGGAACAACUCUGACAGAUAUCACUGCAGAAGGGAUCCAUCGCCAAACACUGAAUGUCACAAACACAGCGGACGUAGGGCAAUUUUUUGACUUUGCUGACGUCUCCAGCUGCAGACACAGAGGUCAAGUCUAUAACGCUAGUUCAGUASAAAAUCUUCCUGAUUACUGUGAAAAUGUUUACUGUAGUCCUGAAGCAGUCCUCUUUGUGUCGGGCGGCUGUGGGCCCCUCGAAACCUGCAACGGCAACAACCACUGCAACCGCCGUGGGGCCUUCUGUAACAACAAGACCUGCAACGAYAAUGAGUUCUGUGCAGAGUCGUAUACUGGAGAAWACCAGUGCUUCUGUCGGGCCAACUUUGCCUGUGAAAUCAGAAACAGUUAUACUUAUGGUCAUCCACCGGUCUGCGUAAAGAACCAGGCUUCUCUGACUCUGUACAACUGUCUGCUGGUGGAAAACAACAUUGACUACAAAGUCUUACACCUGAACGACCCGAACUGCAGAGGUCAACUGAAUGAGACGGACAACACAGUGACCUUCACCUACACAAGUGACACCUGUAGAACACAGAUCGUGGACAAUGGCACAAGCAUCAUCUACAAAAACACCGUCAUGAACCAGAACGUCACUGACGUCAUCACUCGCCAMGAUAUGGUCAUGAUCGACUUUUCCUGCUACCAGACCCAGCCGGACCUCCUGACUACGACCUUCACCAUCAUCAAUAAUGAUUAUAAAGGGGUCGUUGUAUCAGGACCUUGGACUUAUACUCUGUUCAUGAAGGCCUACAUUGACGAUGGUUGCACAACACUUGUGGACUCAGAUACUCCAAUAAAGCUGAACCAGCAGGUCUGGAUGAAACUGAGCACUGAGGGUCUUGAUGGAGACGUGGUUGUCCUGGUGACCGACCACUGCUGGGCAACUGAUGAUUCAUCACCACUUGCAGCAAAUAAACAUGACCUGAUUGUUGAUGGCUGUCCUGCAGAUCCAACGGUGGUGAUGAAGGAAAAUGGAAGAGAAACAUUCAACAAGUUUGCCUUCAACAUGUUUGAGUUCUCUGAAGGCUCAACUCAGAUCUACCUGCACUGUGAAGUGCACCUGUGUGUGAAGAGCACCAACACAUGUGAACCGAACUGCCCCAUAAACCGAAGACGCAGAUCACUCAGGUCCAAACAUGAUUCUCCUGGUUUGAUCAGCAUGGGCUGGACUAGUUAGGUGGUUUCCACGUUAACUGGACUGAUUGGCAGGCUGCUGACCUCCAUGAUGACCCCUGACCUUUGAYUGUGAUCAGAUUGUGUUUUUCUUCUUAUUGAAUUGUAAUGAUUGUUAAUCAGGGUGACAGUGAUUCAGGGUGUUUUAAAUUGUUUUCUUGUAGCUGUUAUUUAUWCAAUCUAUCCGUGUUUCAGGGUUAUUUACGGUUUUGUUUUAUGUUAUUUAUUUUCAGAUCAUGUUAAACUUUACCUGAUUCAUAUUGURUAGAUUAGCAAUCAGCUCUUUUAAAUUUAAAACAAUUCUGAAAUAAGCUAAAAUAUUUAUUUUAUUCAUGAAUGYUAUGGAAAUUAUUUUAAGCAGCAUUAAUAAAAAACAAAA